AUGCGCUUCGACUAUUCCAUUCUUUGCAUCCUGACCCUUCCACUGUUCACCGCUGCGGGGCCGAUUCCACCGGGCUCGCAAAGCUCUGACCUAUCUCCAUUUGCGAAUGCUGCGAAUGCUAUAAGUGCUCUCUCGCCCGGGACAGCUGCCGUAUCCCCUGCUCCUCGUCAGGGACGUGCUGUCUACUUCGAUGUCAGUGAUGUCGUCGAACAAAGACUAGCCAGGUACAAUGAGGCCUGCGUGGUCAUAAAUGACCAGAGUGUCUCAACGACCAUUUGCUCGACUGUGGAAACUCCACCAUCCGCGAACCCUACUAUUCCUAGUAUAGACCUGCCAACCGCUCCAACCGAUUUGGGCGCAAAUGGGAUUACCAGCACACAAACUGUGAUAGUCACUCGACAACCUCCGCAUACUCCUUCCUCCCCUCCUCCUCCGGCUCCUCCGGCUCCGCCUCCCUCAUCUGCUCCUCUUCCCCAACCGCCUCCUCCACCUCCCCCUCCUGCAUCUGCUCCUCCCCCACCGCCUCCACCACCUCCCAUCUCCCCUUCUCUCCCACCUUCUAAUCCGCCUGAUCGAGGUGAUGCUUUCACGCUUCCCGCCAUCAUGCCUCUUACAGCUGUGUCGUCUGAAAUCGCACCGCCCAACCCUAUUACACAGGCUCCGGCUACGCGAGCGGAAAAGGCAACUACCCCUACUCCUGCAACCGAAAACAUAGGUGCCAACAAUAGACAGGAUUCCCCCGCCAAAACGAGCGCUCUAUCUCCAUUUCCAUUUUCGCUUCCCUGGUCUCUUCCACUUCCUUGGCUCAAAUUACCUGGUAUCAACGUAGAUAUAAACCCAAUUGCAAAUCCCGUCCUGAGCACUAUAACACCACAGGUCACAGAAUUGUCUCCUCAGACCACCGACACAGCCACCACCACCAUCCAUCUCACAAAGACUUUUGUGUCGGCAGUGGUCAUACCGUCGAUCAACUCUACCCCGGCGUCUGCUCCUGCACCUGCGCCUGCACCAACGGCACCUGAAAUAAACCCCAAAAGCCAGCAACAACCACCUCAGCAACAACCACCUCAGCAACAACCACCUCAGCAACAACCACCUCAGCAACAACCACCUCAGCAACAACCACCUCAGCAACAACCAUCUCAGCAACAGCAGCCUCAACAAGAACAACCCGGAAGUGUGAAACAAGGACAUAUGGUGACAACCACAGUAUACAUUACGGCUUGCAACCCCAUGUACUCUCCGGAACCAAUGUUAGGAGAAACCUCUACUUCAGCCCAGCCGGCGCAACCGCCGCCCGCACACGCAGCACCGACAGAGGCGGCUCCAAAAGAACAUUCCCUACCUGCUCCACCUCUCCAGGGAACGCCAACCGAGGCGCCUUCAAGAGGAUCUGCACCGCCUGCACCGCCUCCACCGCCUCCGCAAGCAGCUCCAACUGAAGCUCCCUCAAGAGAAUCUGCACCGCCUGCACCGCCUCCACCGCCUCCGCAGGCAGCUCCAACUGAGGCUCCCUCAAGAGAAUCCGCACCACCUGUACCGCCUCCACCGCCACCGCAGGCAGCUCCAACUGAGACUCCCCCAAGAGAGCCAGCACCACCGCCACCGGGUGACCCAGAGUCACCCAACCCCUCCCCUCCAGCCGAUGCUCCUAAUGGAGGCGGUGGUGGAAAUGACGGCGGAAAUGGCGGCGGAAAUGGCGGCGGAAAUGGCGGCGGACACGGAGGGGGUGGACGAGGUAGCGGCAAAGGCCACGGCCAUGACGGUGACAAGGAAAAUGAAGGUGUGGGCGUUGCUCCUCUCACUGUAGGGGAAAAUCCAAAAGGAGAAGGUGGAGGGUUAGUUGGUGUCCUCACGAGGGCGGCAGAUGAUCUAUUAUUUGGAUGA